AUGCGCGACAAAUGGCGCGUCAAGAUCGCUACUGCUCUCGAAGCAAACAAUGAUGCUUCGGGCUCAAGGGGUCUCCAGGUGUGGGGAGAAAAGUAUGCGAUGUUCCUGCUUCCCUUCGUUACAGUACUUCGAGAGGGUCUCGAGGGUGUCAUGUUCAUCAUCGGUGCCGGUCUUGGGUUACCGGCGACAUCUUUUCCACUGGCAGUGGCGUGCGGGCUGGGUGUCGGUGCGGUGAUCGGGUAUCUGCUUUACAGAGGAGGUAGUGCGGGCUCUUUGCAGGUGUUUCUCGUUGCGUCAACAUGUUUCUUGUAUCUGAUAGCCGCUGGCUUAUUGAGCAAAUCUGUGUGGUUUAUCGAGAACUACCUGUGGAACGUCGCAAUUGGAGGCGACGCAGCGGAGACGGGCGCUGGCCCUGGAUCCUAUGACAUUCGCCGGAGUGUCUGGCAUGUGAACUGUUGUAGCCCUGAGAUCGAUGGAGGUGGCUGGUGGGGGGUCUUUAACUCGAUCUUUGGCUGGCAGAACUCUGCUACCUACGGCAGUGUGGUCUCGUACAAUCUCUACUGCGUUGCGGUUGCUACGGCAUUCUUGGUUAUGUCCUUCCGUGAGAAGCACGGGAGCUGGGCUCAGUACAAAGGCAGACGCAACGCUCGCAUGUCCACAUGA